AGUCAGCCAACCGCAGUGGAUGGGUGGGAUCAGCCCUAACAUUCUGAUAGCCACGUAGCUAGCUACCAACGUUAGCUGUGUAGCUAACGUCAGCGAACGUUACAAUGGACUUGCAACACCAUGGGUACCGAGCAACUAAACAGAGAGCUCGUGCAACUCCCCCCACUGCUGAUUCUGUCCUGUUUGAAGACACCAGCUCUGCAGCACCAGCAAUGAACAGUCAGGGAUACUACAAUCCUGGGUACAAUAUGGGAGGACCAUCAAAUGACAUACAAGGAGGUGGUGCUGGAGUGAACAACCUGUUUACUGACCCAAUGGCCAAUGCUGCAAUGAUGUACGGUUCCUCCUUAGCCAACCAAGGAAAGGAUAUGGUAAACAAAGAGAUCAGCAGAUUCAUGUCUGUGAACAAGCUGAAAUACUUCUUUGCUGUCGACACCAGAUAUGUACUGAAGAAACUUAUGAUCCUUAUGUUCCCUUAUACACAUCAGGACUGGGAGGUUCGUUACCAUCGGGACACUCCACUGACUCCAAGACAGGAUGUGAAUGCACCUGAUCUUUACAUACCAACAAUGGCUUUCAUUACCUACAUUUUACUUGCUGGAAUGGCCCUGGGUAUUCAGAAAAGGUUCAGUCCUGAGGUUCUUGGACUGUGUGCCAGCACUGCCCUUGUGUGGGUCAUCAUUGAGGUCUUGGUGAUGCUGUUGAGUUUGUACCUGUUGACUGUUCACAGCGACCUCUCAACCUUUGAUCUCAUUGCCUACAGUGGAUACAAAUAUGUGGGGAUGAUCUUCACAGUGUUGUGUGGCUUAUUGUUUGGCAGUGAUGGGUAUUUUGUGGCCCUUGCCUGGUCCUCUUGCGCCCUUAUGUUCUUCAUUGUUCGAUCUCUAAAAAUGAAGAUCCUUACCUCUCUCUCCUCGGACUCCAUGGGAACUGGUUCAAGUGCCAAACCUCAACUGCGCCUUUAUAUCACUGUGGCCACUGCAGUCUUUCAACCAAUCAUUAUAUACUGGUUAACCUCUCACUUGGUCAGGUGACCUUGAGGCAUUUACUAACCUGAAGUCCAUGUAUGUUGGACCCAAAAAAUGUGGUUGUUGAGUGUUUGUACAACUACCUUUAUACGCUCUUUUGUCAGUAAACUCAAAACAUGUGUAGACAGUGUUGAGCUGCAGCGAGUGUACAGCUUGUCAGAUGGACAUGUUCAUAAUGUAGUUGUUUCAUGAUGUAACAAGAAAGUGUGACACAGUGUCUCAAUGGAAGACUUUUUUUCUGUUGUGUACAGUAACACUGACAAAUGCUAAUUUUUGGCCACCUAACUUUGACCACAAGGGCUUUCAUUGAGAUUUCUUUAUCCUAACUUGGAUUCAGUUUCAUUCAGUUUUCAUUUUAUAUAAUGUCACUGGACAUGCUUUCCAGUAUUACACCUCACAGCCAUACUACACGCCACACAGACACACAGACACAUUACACAUAUGAUCCUAAUACCGUUUUUUUCUGGUAUGUUAAAGUUGCUGCAUUUCCUCUCUCCUCUUGUCAAACCUGGAUUUUAUUUAUCUACAUUUCACAAAGCAUGACAAUGUUUGGAUUUUUGUAGAGAAAAAUUAAAUUUAUUUAGCUUUGUGUAUUCAAUUUGACCAGUUUCUGAUACUUUAUUGUUUUCAGUACCAACAAGCUACAUCUAUACGCAACGUAAUCCUGCAUGAGUUUUAUCUGACUUAUUUACUUCUGAAGAAUAUUUGUUUCAUUUAAUAAGGUUCGAUUUCUAAAGAAGGUGCUAGAGCUCAUCAUACGACCUACAGUCUAUGACUGAGUCAGACAUAUUUUGCAAAGUUAUACUCAGAGGUGGAAAUGAACUGAAAUUCAUUUAGUUAGUGUACAAUUUUGAGGUACUGGUGUUUUACAUGAGAAUUGCCAUUUUGUGGGAAUGAAUGUUACAUUUCAGAGAAAAAUUGUGCCAUUUUUGUGCCUAUGUGCAGUGACAGCCGUGGCUGGAGGCAUUAUGUUUUCAGUGUGUCCAUCAGUACUAUUCUCAUGAAUGCAAUAUCUUGGUAGCACCUUAACUGAAUUUCUUCAAAUUUGGAACAAAUGUAAGUAAUGAUAAUACAAUUGUGUAAUAAAUAACAUAUAACACUGA